GUGAGGAUGGCGGACAAGGUGCCGGACUCGCUCAACCGCUCGCUCUCCCACCUGGAUGCCCUGACCAGGGCUCGGAGCAAGUCGCCCAACCGCCCGUCCGGCUCGCGCCACCUGGUCCGCACCGCCACCCGCAACCGCCGCCUGGUUGAUCUGGGUGGGGAAGGCAUGCAACGGGCGGGCUCGAUGGCCGGGACACUGCAGCAGAACAUGCAACUGUCCAUGGGAAACGUGAUGGACAGCGCACCGUCAGAGCCGAUGCUGGACGAACCGAGGACGCCGAGGACGCCGCGGACACCUGGGCGCCGACGGAGUGGGGGCCGGCGGGAAAAGCCCACAUCGGUCUCGCCCAAGCAGGCGCGCAGGGGUAGCGGAAGACGCAAGCGACGCGAGUCGCUCUCGCAAGAAACGGGAAUUGCCUCGUUUACCUCGCUCCGUCUCAGCAAGGCCAAUGCCGAGAACAGCCGCUCGAUCUCGCUCAACUCGCCGAUGACGCCAGUCAGUUUUCCGCUCGGCGCGUCAGCGGGGCGGCUUGACGGCGCGGCGUACCGUCGAGCAGUGACGGCACUGGCAGCCAUGGGCGACACUGCACACAUCACCCAUGCAUCGAUGCUGGAUGCGUGCGACGAGGUCGUUACAGCAACCGCUGGCCUGGAGACGACGCUGCACGAGUUUGGCCGGCUGAAGGACUUGUUUGUCGGCUCUGAUCUCCCGCUAGCACUGCAGCUCAACGCUACGCUUGCAGUCUCCAAGGUUUUCCGUGCCAAGUCGGAGCUGUACGAGCCGAUCUUUAAGCUCAUCGACAUGAUGCGCGCCAUUUCCAAGCCGUGGCAGGCGCGCGAGGACUCGCUCAACGUUAUCCGCUCCAAGCUCACCACCAAGAACUCAGAGCUUGUACAAGCGUAUGCCGAGUUGGAGCACCGGCAGGAUGAGCUGAAAGCGAUCAAGGCCAAGCUGAACCAGUCACGAUGGGCGGCGUUUGCACAGGCGCUUCUCAACAAGCAGGUGGCGAUGACCAAGUUCUCGGCGUUUGAGGCUACUGUCUCCUCGCUGCGUGCCUCCCUCGAGAAGGCGCGACGCAAGGUGAGCAGCUCGGCAUCGACUCAGCGGCAAGCCACUGCGGCGGCGCUGGUCGAGCGGCUGGCCCGGCAGCGGUCAAGCUCGCUGACACUCUCGUCGAGCCAGAUCCAGAUCAACACACGGGCAGCUGUUGCGUCAGCUGCGAUUCACGCCCGAGGUGCACAGCUCCCGCCGACCACCGUCAUCGCUUCGCCGACGCAUGUCGACUCGGCGUCGACCGGUGGCACUGCGCGGACCCACUCACGCUCGCGCGCCGCAUCACGCUCGCGCUCACGAGCUCGGUCGCGCUCGCGCACUGCAUCACGAGCAAGCUCGCGACCUCGCUCGCGCUCACAAGCUCGGUCGCGUUCGCGAACACGCUCGCGCCGCUCGUCGAUCUCGCACUCGGAAACGCUCCUAGACACGAGCUCGGUCCAGGCGUCGACCAAGAUGACCAGCCAGCUGGCCAAGGACCUCAUCCGCAUGGAGCAGGCGCUACGGGCCGCGUCGCGUGAGUCGCAGCGGACGCUACAAUCGCAGCGGGCAUCAGACUCUAUCGUCUCUGACUCUGGCCUGCAGAACCAUGACGACGACCCCCGGUUCUCCCUCUCUCGUGGAGCGGCGACGUCCAAGUCAGCGCUAGACGUCACCGCUUUGCGCAAGACAGGCUUGAGCGGAGUUGUGUCGCAAGUGAUGCUGCCGUCACUCUCCUCACCGCCGGUACCGGAGGUAUUUGUCUCGCGAAUGGACUCGCUGGCUUCGGUGGCGUCUGAGGUCCACCACGCCGCGGCAGACAACUCGAUGAAUACCUCGAUCUCCGAGCUGGUCAGAACUGCGCCGGCUGACGGUACCUUUGCAGCUGGCAGUCCGAUGGGGGCUAGGUCUGCCUCGCAGACAAACGAGGAGCGCAGAUCGCACGACGACACUGGCAUCGAGCGGCGCACCGCAUCCGGUCGGAGGGUCCGGGUUCGGAUCCAGCGGGCCAACACCUCGGCUGCGGUGCUUGACUUGGUUCACACCGGUAACGUUCUUGAAGUCCUUGGCUUUGAGCCGGCAGCGGGCGAUAUUGACGACGCCAUCAACAAGAUCCGUGUUGACGCGGCAACCAUGGCCCACUCCAAGUCGACCGAGAACGUCGGUCUCGCCCCAUCAACAUCGCCAACGCCCGGUUCACGGGUCCGGCCGAGCUCGGCGACUCGCCUUGACGCCAAAGAGCUGGGUCUCAAGCAAGCUGACGAGGAGCACGAUGCGGUUCUUGUAGCGCUGCGAAAGAAGAAGGAUGCAUUGGAGAGCACAACGUCGCAGAGCGGGUCAAGAUCGCCGGUGCGCUCCAAUUCGCGCUCGCGGCCACGACGCGCAUCGCGGACUUCACUCUCGCCGAACCCGCUACCGGCACCGCCGCAGCAUGGCAAGCCGCGGCUCGCCCAGCCAGUCAAUACCAUGGUCGAGAGGCCGUUGUCGAGCAGCACCAAGCGGCGUCGGUCGAUCUCGGUGUCGAAUCCGUCAUCGCGGGCUUCGUCUCCUGAGAGAUCAACUUCGAACACACCAACUAACUCAUGUGGUGCCGGCGUCGACGAGUCGAGCUCUGACACUAGCAUUCCAAGCCAGCGGGCGCUCGAGUCCGAGCACAGCUCGAACUCGAGCUCGGUGUCAUCCAGCUCAAGUACCAGCUCGACCUCGCGGUCCAGCUCGGACGACUCGUCUCGGCACUCGUCGCUCGGGAACGACCGUUCGUUGUCGCCGCCGCCAUCCUCACACCCCGACGUUGGGCCCGCCUCUGACUCAAACUCGGACUUUAUCGCCUACUCUGAAUACGAGUCUGGUGUUCUUCCGACAUCCAUCGCAACGAGAUCGGUUUGCCAGACAGAGUGGGAGGACUCGGGAACGACGGUGCCUGUGGCGCGGGCACGGUUGCCCAUGACCGCGUCGGUCCGACGCACAGCCAGUCCGGUUGUAGCGGUGCCGUCGCACUUUGACUCGCAGCAGUUGACGACGACCUUGCUUGACAUGUCUGCGUCGAGCAUGCCAGAGCUUCCGUCCAUGACAAGCUGUGGCUCACUGCCUGUAGUGGCCGAGGAACGAGCUCCCGGAUCCGAGGCUGCGUCGAGCAAGGUCUCAGACGAGGUGUACACAGCCAAGGAAGUGACGCUCCUGCUGCGUACAGUUGUAGAACACAUGUCCUCAGCGCUGGCUGUGGAGAAGUCGCCGGAUGCGGUCGGGCUCGAUGCACAGCUCGCCAGCUACGAUCCGCUUGCCGAGCUUGAGGCCCUUGUUCGGCGCUCACGUAAGGAUGACGGCGGGCUGGCUUCGAGCGUCGCACUGCAAGAGGUUGUGGCCAUGGUGCUGCGGCAUGCGCAGCACUUGCAGCAGCUCCACGCCCACUACCGCAAGCAAAUGGCCAAGGUACUCGGCUCGCUCCCGAGCAGCGGUGAGCCGCUUGCCGACGUCACCAACCGGCAGUUGUGGCCGUUGCCUGGCCUUGCGCCCAAGCGAAGCAACUCUCCCCCGCGAGCCCCGACCGAAGGCGCCGACUCGUUCCUGCAGCGCAACACGGCGUUCCUCGAGUCGCGCGAUGAGCAUCGCCAGCAGCUCCGGACACUCUAUGCUCAGCAAGAGUCGCUCAAGUUUGAGCUCACGCUGCGGGCGACCCACAAGGUCGAACGGACCCAUGUCGCGCUGCAGCCUAUUGUCAUGCCGGCGCCGCUCCUGCCACCAGACGAGAUCCGGCGGCAGCACGGGGUGGAGCGCGCUUCCAAGAGCAACGCGGUGUAGACGCGUGGUAAAAGUAGGC